UACUAAAUGCACGUCAUGUAGCUCUCUCACAGUUCACCUCCACUCUCUCUUUCCCCCAACUCUCACAAUUUUCCUCCUCCGACACAAAAUCAAUGGCUUUGCAAAUGCACCAAACCUCCACAGCCUUCACAAUCCACUCACCAUCCACCACCGAUACACUCUCCCCGUUCAGAACCGUAUCCAUUAAUAAUAACCGGUUAACGACUAACCGGGGAAUCAGAUGCAGCGGCGGUGGAGUCGGAGACGCCGGGAAGAAAAAAGCAGUACCUAAUUCCAACUAUGUAGUUCCUAUGGAUAAAUUCUCAUCUUCCUCUUCGAUUACUCGGCCUUUGAUUGAGAUACUUCGUGACCUUAACAAGAAAAUUCCUGAUAAUAUUGUUAAGAGCCAUGAUUCUUCUUCUACUGCUGCUUCUUCUGGCUUUAUCCCUUGGUAUCAUGCAAAUAGGAUGCUUAGCUUCUAUGCUCCUGGUUGGUGUGGUGAAGUUAGAGAUGUUAUUUUCUCUGAGAAUGGUAAUGUUACUGUUGUUUAUCGUCUCACUAUUCGUGGCUCUGAUGGUGAGGCACAUCGAGAAUCAACUGGGACGAUAACAACAACUGAUGAUCACGUUGAGGAUCCAGUUACUGCAGCUGAGGAAAUAGCAUUCUGCAGAGCAUGUGCUCGAUUUGGUCUCGGCUUAUAUCUGUACCAUGAAGAGUAGGCCAAUCAUUUUAAGUGCGCGAAUCAGUGUUCAGUGACGCCUCAUUGUGUUUUCUUUUCUUUUUUGACAUUCUUGUGUAAUCUAGAGUAUCAAAAUAUGCAAUCGGCAAGAGUUUUUAUGUAUUACCAGACGCUUCCUGUUAUAUAUACAUUACUUUAAAUAAAUAACUUUUAUGUUUUGUGUA